AUGUUUCUAAGCUUCAUUCGGCAUACCCCCCCAAAAACCCCAAGAAAUGUUUUUUUUCCAUGGCAUAAUUUUUGUGUACACAAAUCAGGAAGUUUUUUAGAAAAGAAUAGGCUAGCAUUAAGAGUACCAAUCAAUUUAACAAAAUUUGAAAUUAGGGAAUAUUUGAGAAAAAUAUAUAAUGCAAAGGUUAUAAAGGUGAACACAUUAAUUAAAGUCCCCGAGAGAAGAAGAAAUUUAAGUGAUUUUCGUUUCAAUUAUUAUCGAAAUGGACCAAGAUAUAAGAAAGCAAUUGUAACAUUAGAGCAUGAAGUACCUGAUAGUGUUAAAAUGAUUCAGUCAUGUAAAAAUAUAGGUAGAAAUCCUUAUAUUACCAAAAAAAAUGUCAUUUAUGGUGUUAGAAGUGAUGUGAAAAUUACACCCACAAGGUCUCAGCUAUGGCAUAUGGGUGAAUGUAGAUAUUCUUGGAGAUUGCCUCUAACCAACUUAUUGGCUGAUUAUAAGAUGAAUUUAAACCCUGAUUUAAGAAUUGAUGAAAAUCUUGUUCAACUUGCACCCGAUGUCACGAAGCCCUUUAUGCAUUCUGGUAUUUCAUCAGAAACGUUUAAGCCAAAUAAUGUGCCUGAACAGACGUUUCCAAAAAUCGAUUUAACCCCAUGGAGAAGACAAGUGAAAAAAAUUUACGAGUCGGGAACUUUAGCACCGCCUGAAUCGUUUCACAAUGAUUCUAAAAGACAUCAAACAAUUGAGUAUGUUGGUGACAACAAAAGUGUAAAGAGAUUAUCCAGAAGCAGUAAAUGGAAAGCCCCUUCGUAG